CACCACUAGGUGGCGCGUUGGAGCACACGUUUCGUGACAUGACACCAGCGAAGAAGAGAUGUCAACAAAUGGCGGGGUAACUUCUUGACUGCAGGCAUGUAGCGAGUCGUGGGGCAACGUGCACCGGCUGCUAUGUUUCUGAGUCGGUUUGACGGGCAGGCUAAGCUGCUGGUUCGGGCGCUUCUGUGCGGGACCUCCGGAGCCCACAGAGCUCUGGACGUCUUCCACCGGCAGCAGCGAGUCAACCCGGACAUGUCCCUGUCUGUCUUCAUGGAGACCCUGUGCCAGGACGACGUAGCCUGUCCGCGUACAGAAGCCCAGCCGCUCACUGUUAAACCCCUGGUGUGCCUGUUCCCAGCAUUAUUCAAACAAAACCUGCUCUCCUUCAUCUAUCUGAUCCACUCGGUUCUUCCUUCAACCACUGUUCUUCGUCUUCUCAAAUGCCUCGGCCAGGACCCUCAUCCAAGCCCCUGGGUCAUCGCUUUGGUUAGACAGCUGGAAAGAAAUAACGGGACCCACAAUGACCAACCUCUGUACACCCCAAAGUGCAGCCAGAGACUCAAGGAGCUGUCCCAGCGUUUGGUCGGUUUUGGCGAGACCGGAGGAUGGGCCAUGUGCUUCAGCGGUCAAACAGUAGAAUCUGAUUCUCAACAUGCAUCUGGUCUAUCAGAGCUGGGGACACAACGGAAAAGAAAGAGCAGCUUUGUCACUCUGGACUCAGAUUGUGAGGAAACAGGACAGCAGAGUAAACGGAUGAAGAUGGAUUUCUCUGAUAGUGAAUGUCUCAAUGUUGAAGAAUUGAGGCCAAAAGAAGAAACAUCAGGAAGAUCGGAAAGUGAAGCUCCAGCAGAAACCCUUUGUGAAGAACUGCAGCAAGCACCAGACAGUCCGUGUGACGCCCUGUCUGAAAAUAUAAAGGUCAAGGUUCUUCAUAUAAAAGAAUUACUGGAAAGUCAGACAGAGUGGGACCAGAUCUCGCUGGAGGUGUUCAAAGUGUUGAACGACUGUGACCCCGGCCAAGUGGAGGUGUUAUGCAGCAUGCUGAGUUUGCCUGACUUACCGGAGCAAGCUCUGCCUAACCUGUGCAGCAGUAUUUUGGCUCCUGCUCUUGACUUCAGCUACAGCACGGCAGCAACACUCAUCAAGAGCCUCCUGCUGCAGAAGGUCCUAUCUCUGUCAGAGCCGGCCUCCAGAUGUUUAGUCACUGCAGUUACGUCACUGUGUAGCCGCUAUCCCAGACCAACGUGCCACGCUCUGAUCGGACCAGUUCUGGAGGAAAAGAACAUAGGGAACUCACAGGCUGAGCUGCUAAACAGACUGAUCGAAGGCUGCCUGGAUUCCCAUUACAGACUGCUGGUGCUUCAAAUGACAUUCAAAAUAUUGUGGAGUGAGGCUGUGCUCUCCGUUAUCCACAGCUUGCUAGACUCCAAGCCUGACUUCAGUGAAGAAUUGUUCACACAGUUCAGCGAACAGCUCAUCAGCCAGGGUCCUCAAUUUACAAAGUCUGUGAAGUUUGCAAAAAUGAUGCUCACAGUCCUCACCAAAUAUAACAGUCAUGUAACGGCUGCACACAAACACUCACUGCAAGGUUGCCUGAUGGUUAAUGAGACCUUCCUGAAAAAGUCUCUCCAAGCUGCCUUGAAAAGAAUCACACACACAUGAAUUUCCUUUUGUAUUUAUACUUGAUAAUAAAACUGUUUGAAUAA